AUGGGCGGGUGGAGCUGGCUCUGGUGCGGCCGAUCCAACGCCGGAGGCGGCGAGGUCCGGCUCCCCGAGCCCUUCCAGCUGCCGGCGCCCUUGCCCGAGUGGCCACAAGGAGGGAAUUUUGCUAAGGGCACAAUAUGCAUAGGAGAGCUUGAUGUUGUAAAUAUUACCAAAUUCCGGAAUAUAUGGACCUGCUCAGAUGCUACAUUUUAUGAGCCAGAAGGAAUUCCUGAUGGUUUCCACUGCCUUGGGCACUACGCCCAACAGAAUGACCGCCCCUUGCAGGGAUUUCUUCUUGUGGCAAGGGAAGUGGCUAGCCACCAAGUUAUUAAUAGCAAGCCCGCCCUUGAGAAACCAUUAGAUUACUCCCUUGUUUGGACCAGUGCUGACUUAAAUGAAGAUGACAACAGCGAAUGUGGUUGCAUCUGGUUGCCAUGUCCACCGAAUGGGUAUAAAGCCCUUGGCUAUGUGGUUACUAAAGGACCAAAGGAGCCCUCACUGGAAGCAGUUCGAUGUGUGCGAGAUGACCUAACAGACACAUGUGAAAAUUUCCGUUCAAUUGUAAAUAUGGAUAAUGCAUGCCAGAUUUGGAAGACAAGGCCUUGCCACCGAGGAGUGAGAGGACAUGGUAUACCGGUUGGUACAUUCUCCUGUGAAACUGAUUCAACAGAUACUGAUGAAUCAAGCACUCCCUGCUUGAAAAAUGUCGACUCAAAUUUGAGUGCCAUGCCUAAUUUGGAGCAGAUCAAUGCUCUGAUCAAGCACUAUGGCCCAACAGUUUUCUUCCACCCACAAGAGACAUACUUACCAUCAUCAGUUUCUUGGUUCUUUGAGAAUGGAGCGACAUUGUACAAGAAAGAUGCAAAAAUGGGAGAUGCAAUACUCCCUGGUGGCUUGAACCUGCCUGUUGGUGGGACAAAUGAUGGUGAGUACUGGAUUGAUCUCCCUGACGAUGACAGGAAGGAGCUUGUCAGAGAUGGCAAUCUGAAGAGUGCUGAGCUAUAUGCUCAUGUGAAGCCAGCUCAUGGAGGGACCUUCACUGACGUUGCAAUGUGGGUAUUUUGCCCAUUCAACGGGCCUGCCACUAUCAAGGUUGGAUUUGCAAGUUUUGCUCUACAGAAAGUCGGUAGGCAUAUUGGAGACUGGGAGCAUUUCACCCUCCGAGUGAGUAACUUCUCAGGUGAGCUGUCAUCUAUCUACUUCUCGCAGCACAGUGGGGGUGAAUGGGUUGAAGCUUGUGAUCUGGAGUUCAUCUCUGGGAAUAAAGCAAUUGUUUACUCGUCGAGGAAUGGGCACGCAAGCUACCCCCACCCAGGCUGCUACCUGAUGGGGUCUGAGAAGCUUGGUGUCGGAGUUAGAAACGAUGUGGCCCGAAGUGAUUUAUCAGUGGAUUCGAGCACGCAGUAUAAAAUCAUCUCAGCAGCGCAUCUCGGAGAUGCUGUUGUGGAACCAUGCUGGCUGCAAUACAUGAGGGAGUGGGGACCGACCGUCACGUACAGCUCACGUUCAGAGAUAGACACGGCACUUAGCUUCUUGCCGUUCUUUCUCCGGUACACAGUGGAAGCAAUAUUCAACAGCCUUCCGGAAGAAUUGUACGAGGAGGAAGGUCCUACAGGACCCAAGGAGAAGAACAACUGGCAAGGCGAUGAGAGAUGCUAG